CGAAGCAAACGCCGGUAAAUUUGCAGUGCGAGAUGGCUGACAGCGAAGAUGCCGACAAAGAGUUAAUGGCUCAAGGUGAUGAUUGGAUUGAAAUGGAGCGCAAAACAUCUUUGACAGAUCCGAAAAUAUCGCGUUUUCAAGUAGCAAAAGUAGAUUUUGCUGCAGAUACACCUAAAUGUAAAUUUGCAGAUGAUUCUGACGCUGCUGAAAGGCAGCCUUUGACAGAUCCAAAUCAAGCUAAUGGUGACUCUGAUGGUGAGAGAUACGAUACUCAUAAUGUAAGGAGUUUAAGACAUUAUACCAGAGAGGCCUUACCCCGUGCUGAUCAUUAUAGAAAUGUAAUGUCCGUCCAUGGGCAACUUAAUCGACCUACCCUAGAUGAACUUCAUGAUCCGUCGUUAACAAUGUCCCCAGACCAUAAGGUACGAUGUUUGCUAAAUAUUUGGGGUGUUAUGCUUUUCCUAAGACUGUCUUGGGUAGUUGGACAAGCUGGGAUUGGCCUGGGAUGUUUAGUUAUUCUUUUAGCAAGUGUAGUCACAGUUUUAACAACAUUAUCAAUGUCAGCUAUUUGCACGAAUGGAGAAGUCAAGGGAGGUGGAACAUAUUACAUGAUAUCUCGCAGUUUAGGUCCUGAGUUUGGAGGUGCAAUUGGACUUAUAUUUUCUUUAGCAAAUGCUGUAGCCGUUGCUAUGUACGUCGUGGGAUUUGCUGAAACAUUAGUCGAGUUACUUCACAGUAAUGGACUGGAUAUUGUUGAUGGCGCAAUGCAUGAUGUAAGGAUAAUUGGCUGUAUCACAGUUUUGUUUCUAUUUGGUAUUGCAAUUAUUGGAACUGAGUGGGAAUCAAAGGCCCAAAUAGUGCUGCUUAUAAUUUUGCUUGUUUCAAUGGCUGAUUUUGUAAUUGGAUCCUUCAUUCCACCAAAUUCACUGAAAAAAUCCCUUGGCUUUGUAGGAUGGGAUUUGAAUGUCAUGGCAGAAAAUUUUGGACCUGAUUUUAGAGGUGAAACAUUUAUCUCUGUAUUUUCUGUUUACUUUCCUGCUGCUACAGGAAUUUUAGCUGGGGCAAAUAUUUCAGGAGAUUUAGCUGAUCCACAAACUGCAAUUCCCAAAGGAACCUUUCUCGCUAUAGCUAUCACUACAGUCAGUUACUUGUGGUUUGCGUUCACGGCUGGUUCUGUUAUGUUGAGGGACGCCAAUGCAGUUGAAGCGGUUACUUCAAUUACAGAAGAUAUCAGAAAUUGUUCUUUAGCUCAGUCAUCUGUUUGUGAAUACGGACUCAUGAAUUACUACGGGGUUAUGGAAACUGUAUCUGCUUUCGGACCUAUCAUUUAUGCUGGUAUAUUUGCUGCUACUUUGUCAUCUGCUCUUGCUAGCCUUGUUAGUGCUCCUAAAGUGUUUCAAGCAUUGUGCAAAGAUAAGCUGUUCCCACAUAUUCAUUUCUUUGCUCGAGGAUAUGGGAAAGGCAAUGAACCCAGACGUGGCUACUGUCUAGCUUUUGUUAUUGGUACUGGUUGUGUUGCAAUUGGUGAAUUGAAUGCAAUUGCUCCUAUUAUAUCCAAUUUCUUUUUAGCUGCAUACUGUUUGAUAAACUUUUCAUGUUUUCAUGCAACUUUUGCAAGAUCUCCAGGUUUCCGUCCAUCUUUUAAAUAUUACAAUCUCUGGUUAAGCUUGCUGGGUGCAAUUCUGUGUCUUUCAGUCAUGUUUAUUAUGAAUUGGUGGACAGCAUUGCUUACCUUUGCUAUCGUUUUAGGAUUAUAUAUCUACAUUUAUCAUCGGAAGCCAGAUGUAAACUGGGGUUCAUCUACUCAAGCUCAGACAUACAAGACAGCUUUAAGCUCUGCUUUUAGGCUUAAUCAAGUUCAUGAACAUGUUAAGAACUACCGGCCUCAAAUUCUUGUAUUGACUGGUUGUCCAAGCAGUAGACCACCUUUAAUUGAUUUUGCUUAUCACAUAACCAAAAAAAUUAGUUUGUUGGUUUGCGGACAUAUUUCAAAAGCACCUUUAACUCAGAGAGUUCGAGCAGCUUAUUCAAAACAAGCAUAUCAGUUUCUGCACAAAAGAAAAAUCAAAGCUUUUUAUUCUUUGAUAGAGGAUGAAAGUUUUUCUCGUGGGGCUAAAUCACUUAUGCAGGUUGUUGGAAUAGGAAAAAUGAAACCCAAUGUUUUAUUCAUGGGCUAUAAAUCAAACUGGCAGGAUUGCAGCUUGGAAGAUGUUCAAGAGUAUUUUAAUGUUAUCCAUGAGGCUUUUGACAAACACAUGUCGUUGGGAAUUCUCCGUCUCCAAGAAGGUUUGGAUUACUCUGAAUUCAAUGAUAUUGAAGAAAUAACUGAACUUCCCCAAACAAAUGGAAAGAAAUCAAGACGUCCAUCACUCUUGAAACCAGAACUUGAUGGGUUUCCUAGGAAUGCCUCAAGUGUACAGUUGUCUCAAGCGGGCAGCUCACGAGAAUCUACCCCACCAUCAACUCCAUCGACUGAAAGAAAGAACCAAGUUGAAGAUGGUACUAAAGGAGUCAGCAGUACUCAAGUUGUAAAAGGAUUAUCUACAGCUCUCCCGAAAGAUGUUCUUACCAGUGUAAAUCAGUUCCAAAGAAAACAAAGGAAAGGAACGAUAGAUGUAUGGUGGCUAUACGAUGAUGGAGGUUUGACCAUGUUGAUACCAUAUCUGCUGACAACUCAUUCCCAGUGGAGCAGCUUGAAGUUCAGAGUGUUUUCCUUGGCAAACAAAAAGGAUGAACUUGAUAGAGAACAGAGAAAUAUGGCUGCACUGCUUAGUAAAUUUCGAAUAGACUAUUCUGACGUCAUGGUCAUACCUGAUAUUACAAAACCACCAAAAGAAUGCAGCAAACAAGAUUUUGAAAAUAUCAUAAGUAAAUGGAAAGAAAGCGAUGAUACUGAAAACGAAAAUCCAAAUCUGAUAUCUCUGGCUGAAAUUUUGGCAUUAAAGGACAAAACUAACCGGCAUAUUCGCCUACGAGAAUUGUUAGUUCAGUAUUCUCAAAAUGCCUCCCUUAUAGUAAUGACGUUACCCAUGCCACGUAAAGGCACAUGUUCUGCACCCAUGUAUAUGGCUUGGCUUGAAACGCUGACACGAGAUAUGCCACCCUUUUUGUUGAUAAGGGGAAAUCAGACAAGUGUUCUCACAUUUUAUUCUUGAUAUGUGUGUAUCCUGAAUUAUUGCUGAGGAGAGCUAGUGGAAUUUUACAUCUGGUUUGGGGCCUUGGUUCUCCUUUUUCUGAAAGAAUUUUUGAAGAUUACUGCUAGAAUCAAAGGUUCUUUCAAAGCUGUGUAUAACUGGAGAAGCUUGGUUCCAUCCGAUUUUUAAAAUAUUAUUUACUUUAUAUUGCUUGAUGACUUAGCAGUAUUAUAUAUAACAGCUAUGUGCCUUAUUAUAUUUUUGUAUUGUAAAAAUUAAUUUUCUGAAAAAAAAAAAAACUAUUAGUCUUUGAAAUCAUUUUUAUUUUGUUACACUUACUUUUAUUUACCCCACCUAUUUUCUUUCUUUCAUCUUUUUCUUUUUUUUUUUCUUGAGGAUGUAAAUACUUCGUGAUAAAAUUUUAUUUUUUGACGUUUAUUCAUAAUUCAAGCAUUUAAUUAUGUUUUAAGGCAUUUUCUAUGCAUAGAUGUACUUAUCAUUAAAUAUUCAUGCAGAUAGCAUUAUGCUGUAUCUCAAUCAUCUUUCUUAUUAUCUUUUUUUUUUUUUUUUUUGGCUAUUUAAUAAUUACUUAAAAUCAAAGGAUCCCAAUAUUUUCUGUCUUAUUCCAAGGUCAGCUCUCAGAAGAUAACAACAGUUUGUUUUAGAGUCAGAAAUAUAAAAUUUACUGUUUAUAAGAUCUUAUUGUAAUGUUCAUUAAACUCUGCUUUCUUUCCUAAAUUGAUUACAUUUUCAACAGAUACAUUCUAGUAAUUUUGUCCUUAAUUGUUUGAAUUAAUACUAAUAAAAAUAUUUGUCUGAGUAUGAAGCAUAAAAAAUACAUCAAAUUAAAAUCAUUAGCAGUUUUAACUUUUCCAAACUUUGAAGUUUUGUGUUUUUAACUUUUGAAGUUUUGUGUGUUUUCAGUUCAAAUCUAUGCUUAGGAUAAAAUGAUGUUUUCUGUACAUAUUUUGCUUAUUGUUUUAGUGUUUAUGAGAAAAUUUCUAAAUUUUUUUCUGAUUGGUUUUGUUCCUGAUGUACAAAUUAAAACCAUGAUUUCAAUUUAGAUUAUUGAUGUUAGCAUUGAUUUUAGGGCAGGUUUUGACUUUAUUUUCUUAUGAAAAUGAUUUCUAAUUUCCUAGAACAUUUAUUGCUUUUAAUUUCUCACAGUGUAAUAAAUUGUCAGUUUAUUUAAAACAUAA